CGCGCAUCGUUUAAGUACAGCACCUAGCUACUACAUCUUGGCAAAUGCUGGAAGACAUCUUUACCACUUUCAUCUGAAAAUUGACCAAAGACUUCAUCCGUUUGCACACGCGUACACAACGAUAACACCCGAAAUUACUACACACUGAGUCGCACACAAUGGCGGGUCUCAGGAUAGGCUGGGGCAGCGUCUUGCUGGUCCUAGCUCUGGUCCUGGUUGUUCUCCCAGACAAGGCCGCAGCUUUCGGUGCUGGCAACAUUCCCUCCAUCGCCCAGGUCGAGGGCCACAACUGGAGACAUGGCGAUAUUGAAGACGUGCUCAAGACUCUGGCCUUCAUCAACGGCAAAAAGUGGACCACUAUGAUGGUCGGGCGCACCUACUUUGGUAACUGGCUCAGAGACUAUUCCCAGGCUAUCGAUGUCGGCAGCUUGAAGGGAGUUAAUGCGGCUACCAUUCGCAUCCUUGUUUGGGUUCUUUCCUUCCUGGCUCAUGGAUACGCUACCGAAGAGUUCGAGGUUACCGAGGAGCGGCUCGGCGUUUACAGACCCGAGGAACAUAUCGACAACCCUCUUGGCUACGCUGAUGGAAAGGAUGCCCGCGAGUAUGACCCAAGACUACGACCACCGGUACACCCCGGAGAACUCGAGAUCGAUAAAGAGACCGGUAUGAAAAAUUAUAUCGCCAACGAAGCAUUGGCUUUCAAACAAGGCUGGAAUACCACAAGUGCCGGCUAUAUUCGUUUCAGCUUGCAGCGUUGCAUUCAUUACGGUCGUCUGUAUACCAGUGGCUCUCAUGGCAGAGGCAAGGAGUCUGACCUGUGCGAGGCCUUGAGGUGCUUGGGACAGGCCCUUCAUACCUUGGAGGACUUUCCUGCCCACAGCAACUACUGCGAAUUGGUCCUAAUCGACAUGAAAGAAAGGCGAGGCCAGCACAGUCCAGUCUUCCCUCACGUUGGCACACGUACUCGAGUUACACUUGAGAAUAACACACCUAAUAAUGGAAAGUCGGUUUGGCCCCUAGUCACGGGCACCUUUGGAGGAGUCGACUUCUUGCACUCCGUAUUGGGUGAGGCCAACGAUCACUUCACCCAGUCCGAGGUUGACGAAAUGAACAAUGCCCUCCUGAACGCUGAACAGCUGACCAAGGGAUCCGGCGGUGGUUCUUCGCGCGGUGGUGGCCUCAGCCUCUUUGGCUUGAACUUGGGCGGCUCCUCUGGAAACGAUGGAGACUUUAUCUCCCUUGUUUCCAGGCUUCCCGGUGUCGGUGACGGGUAUGCCAGCACAGCCCGUAGCCUGAAGGCUGCCUCUGAAGCUCAGGAGCAGGAGAACAGUAGAUCCGCUGGCAAUGUCAACGUCGUUCCUGGCAUGAGCCCCAACUUCGACCCCGUCAAGACUGCAGCCAAGAUUUACCCAAUCCUCGAGUUUCGUGACAAGAUUGUCAGGUCCAUCAACAACAUGAUCGAGAAGAUCCCCGGCUUGGAGAGUCUGCUGGAGAAGAUCACGGAGACUCUGACGGCUUUCAUCCUUGGCUUGCUGGCUCCUUUCCUGCGCCCCAUCAUCAACCAGGUCAGCCAAGUGUUGAAGGAGGGCUCAUCUGGUCUCAUCGAGACCAGCGCAAACCAGCAGCUCGAGCCGUGGAAUAACCCUCAGUGCGACAAUCCUACCCACUCUAUGCUUUCCAAGGACCACUUUACCAACAUUUUAAACUCGUGCGCCGGUCGCGUCGCCGCUACCAUUCUUCAAUACGUCGUUCCCCGAGUUGUCUACGCCUGGGAGAAUCCCGGUGUGCCCGACAGCGAGGUCAUCAAGGACGUCCUUCAGGUUUUCCACCAUCCUGCCAAUUACAAGGAAGACGUCGAGAUUCAGCGAAUGAUGUACGACACCGUCGUGCAGUGGUCCCGGGAGACUCAUCAUGACUACAACGCGCUCCUCACGUCCGACGCCGUCAAGGCAGGCCUCAACCAUGUCCUGAACGGUCAACCUCUGAACCGCGGCCCCGGUGGCGGCCACACCUCGUGCGGCGCUGAUGGCGGCCACGGCAAGGUUGCGGGCUCCCUCUGGAGCAAGAUCCAGAACCGCGAUCUUGACACUUCCGGUCCUGUUGGCGGAGGAGGUGGCAGGUCCUCUUCCUCUACCGGUCACAAGUACAGCUACUCCUCCAGCUCCUCCUCCCAUCACCAGAUCCCCACCCAUGGCGAGGCAGCCUCGUACUUUUCUUCUGCCGACGCGCGCCCUGCCUCCCCACCAUCGGGUCGCUCCUACGGUAGCCGCCCCUGUUCCUCCGGGUACGGAUCUUCCGCCCACGGUUCGGGCCGCCCCUCACCCGCCCCUGCAUCCUUCGGGUAUCACCACGGCGGUCACCAAGCUUAUGAGGGAGGCAGCGGCUACCCUUCGCAGCCGUCAUACGGCGGAUCUUCUGGCCCAUCAUACGGCGGAUCUUCUGGCCCAUCAUACGGCGGGUCUUCCCAUCCCAGCUACGGUUCCCAGCCUUCUUACCUCUCUCAACCUUCCUACGGCGCUCACCCCUCCCAGCCAUCCUACGGCUCUCAACCCCCCUAUGGCGGCCCCCCUCACGGCUCCUACGGUGGUGGGCGUCCCCCCUCUCCUCCUCGUCCCUCCGGCUACGGCGGCGGAUACGCUGGUUACUCCGCUGGUCCCGCUCCUAGCUACGGUGGCUAUGGCGGUGGUCCACCUGGUGGUGCUCCCUACCCCCAUGGCGGUCCAGUAGGCGGUGGUGGUUCGGCUCCUUAUCCCCAUGGCGGAAGGGCCGAUGCAUAUGAGAGGAAUUAUGAUCAGCAUUACGAGAGGGAUGAUAGACGUGGCGAUAGAGAUGGCAGGAGGAGGAGAGGAAGCCAUGGUAGUAGGAGUAGUAGCGAGGAACGGGAUGGAAGAGGAUACCCCGGGCAAGGGUCUAGGGGAAGUGGUCAUCACGGUGGUGGAGGAGGAUACGGAGGAGGAUAUGGUGGUGGAUAUGGUGGUGGAUAUGGAGGUGGUGGGGGAUACAGAGGAGGUUAUGGUGGAAGGGACGAGCAUCGGAGGUAUUAAGCUUGGUUACGUGGGAUUGGGAAAUGGGGUGAUGCCAUGAGUUUGGAAUAUUUGAAUAACGAACGAAGGUCACGAGGUUCUAUGAGUAUGCUUGAUUCGCGGUGAGACUGGUGCUCUCUGUUUUUUUUUCCUUUUGGUAUGAUACCAUUCCCUUGAGCUCAAUAGUUUUAUAUUGCAGAGU